AUGCAACUCCCCGCCCUCCCCUUCUCCACCGCGCCGUCCCAAUCAAUUUCAUGGCAACAGCUACGGGUGCUCGCAACCUUCGACCUCGGUGGGCUCCGCCUCUCCCUCUCUGCUCGACUCGACUCGAGCAGAAGGCGUGGCGAGGCUACCGUGCGUCAUAUGUCGUUGGCAUUUCGCUUGUCCCGCCCCCGUUCUCGCCAGGUGCUCGGCGGCCAUUCCGACUCCUGCCUCGUGCCGUCAAUGGCAGGGGCAGGGUUGAGAUGGCCCGGCUGCUCCGAACGAGCGGAAGCGAGGCAAGCGGAAGCCGACGACAGGGGAUGCAGGGCUGAGAUACAUACCGUCAUCGUCCGGACGAUUCUCGACCUCGGCCAAGCGGCACGGCCCGUCCUCUGUCGCGCUCCCGUUCCCUGCUCCGCUGGCCCCCUCGCGGGCGAGCGUGAGCGGGGGCAACAGUGGCGAUCAGCGAGGCGGGCCGUGGAUCCUGCGACCGCCGAGGGUCCGAGUGUCCGGUACGAUAAGACCUGA